AUGUUCUGGUCAUCGUCCAAUGAACGCCACUGGGACGAACCACCAUUUACUGUACGACUUCUCCUUACUCUUGCCGCCGGUUAUCAUACUGAUAAUAUGCAGAUGCUGGAAAAGAUCAUCAGAACGGGUUAUCAUAAGCCUGUGGAUGAGUUCGAUUUUCACAUCCAUUACCACAAGAAGUGCACAGGUCAUACAGAUGUUCCACCAACAACCUUCGACCUCCAAGUACAAUUUGAAUCCCUAUUCCCUCUAGCCGACGAAAACAGAAAGUACUACUUGUGCUUCAUCCCCAAAAGCAAUCCACCAGCGCGGUUACCUGCAACCCCCAUCAGCGAGCAAAGCGGUGCAUCACCUGUACCUGAUGUUGCUGUACAAUCAGCAGAGCACGAACAUCUUCUGAAGAACACCGACGGAAUAGAGGCAGGCUUGUACUCUAGGAGGGCAGCUACUGCGCCGGCACCUGCCCAACUUAGCGCAUUGCGCCGCGGCGUCCCUACCUCGCUACCGAUCCAUCCACGCACAAAGCGGCCGAUUGAGGGCGAUCCGGACGUACAAGAGGAGAACAAACGCCCCAGGAUAACAGAUGAGGCAAGAGUCAUUGUGGGUCUGUCCCACGAUCAGCCGGGUGUGCCCAAGAUCGAACGCAUCCAGGACGGCCUUCCUGGCUCCCGGGCCGAUCCGAUUGUGAUACCCGAACCCGCCCCCGCCGAUCCCCACCAACAAGCAUACAACUUCUUUCUAGCGCAUAAGUUACCGCAUGUAUUCAGAUUCGAAGUAGGAAUCGUCAACCCGGACAAGAUUCCUGACACCUGGGAACGCGACAAGGAAGGCAGACUGAACAAAGUCUCCGUCCACCUAGAAACGACCGGUCGUCGCUUGGUGUUUCUUCUCUUGGACCGUGACAAAGAUAACGCUUACCUGGAAAGACCUUCGCAUUCGAGGAUCAAUAUGAAUGUCGUUAACUUCUUGCCUGCAAUCAAACACCUACAGCACAAGGAACAUCUCAAAAGCUUUUUGAGAAGUUACGGUCCAGCUUUACGAAGAGGGGAUCCUUUUGAAACGGCCUCUAUCGUAGACUUGGGAAGCGACAAGGGUGGCGAUGAUGAGUAUGAUCACGAGAGCAUCAGAUCAUCAAACGAAGCUCACAAGACGGUCUCAGCCAUGCCUGAAGCGUCCAAGAUUGUUACACUCCGCAUAGAGCCCAACAAGCUGGCUACCUUCAUCGAGAAGAUCCAUAGAUCUGGUUGCACGAACUGCAAAAAAGAUAAAAAGGAUUGUGAGCCUUUGGAAUGGGGCGCUUAUCUCGGGUGCAUGCGCUGCAAAGGGCUUGGUUUGAUCUGCAGCCUGUCUUCCAUCCGGGAAGAUCCCGGUACGAGUCUACCGCGAGCAGCGAAAGCUAAACUCCACCGGAGUCUCAGAGAGAUGCAGAACGGCAUGGGACAUGGCACAAUGUCAGGUGCACACCCAAGUGAGAUGCCUCCUUCAGGAAGCUAUCAUGAAGUGCAACAUGGUUCGGAUCAGAUUACUGCAUCCGAUGGAGUCGAAAGACAGGAGCUAUCGCGAGUAUCCGACAGACCCCCGAUCCCCGGUGGAGCGGAUCUUAUGGAUGGUGGUAGCUUGGAGGAAGACGAGCAUCGCAUGCUCUACGGAGUUACGCCUCCACGCUCUCAAAAUGCCAGAGUGAAUCUGAAAAUUACUUUCGAAGACCAGAUGAAGAUACCCGACAAUUCACGCCCACUCAACUUCGGACCAUGGUAUGCCCAGGCCGUUGAUACCUGGACGGCAUCUGCGGUCGUCGACAGAGUCCUUCGGAAGCAAAUAGAGAAGGCAGUCCUCGACACGCCCAAGAAAAGGCUGGGGAACCAACACAAGAAUGACCUCUUGGUUGCAGACCUGACGGUCUGGUUGGUGCUGGGAGGCGGACUGGCGCCUCGGCGGAAACUUCUGUUCAGGUCCUUUGACCUUGGCAAGUCGAGUUCGUCAUCGGAGAACGGGUGGUUGGAGAAGGCGGUGGAAAGAGGAUUCUUGAAGGUGCAUGAUGGAUGUACGGUUGAGUUGAACGUUGAAAUGUUCAGCAAGGAAGCCUGGCGAGGCGAGAUAAACUCCAUAAAGAGAGACCGGUAG